UGCUGUUGGUGACAUGGGAGCUGAAAGCAAUGGAAGUCUUGACCUAUCCGUCUUCCUGGCUGGCAUCCCAGGAUUGGAGGCCCAACAUGGCUGGCUUUCCAUUCCUUUCUUCACUGUGUAUAUUGUGGCCAUUGUGGGUAACAACCUAAUCAUGGCAGCAGUGCAGGCAGACCCUGCCCUUCACGAGCCCAUGUACUUGUUUCUCUCCAUGUUGGCUGUGACAGAGGUGGGUGUUUCUGUGUCUACACUGCCCGCUGUCAUGGGUAUUCUUUGGUUUGAUGCCCGCCAGAUUGACCUGGAUGGCUGCCUGGCUCAGAUGUUCUUCAUCCACACUUUCUCCUGCAUGGAAUCAGGGAUCCUGUUGGCCAUGAGUUAUGACCGCUUUGUAGCCAUCUACAAUCCACUGCGAUAUACAGCCAUCCUAACCCUGCCACGUAUCAUUUGCAUGGGUCUGGGCAUCACACUGAAGAGUGUGACGCUCAUGGCCCCACUUCCAGUCCUUUUGAAACAACUGCCCUAUUGCCACACUAAUGUACUCUCCCAUUCCUACUGCCUCCACUCAGACCUGAUCCAGCUGCCUUGUGCUGAUACGAAGCUCAGUAGCAUCCUGGGUUUGGCCAUUGUCCUGGCCACUUUUGGGCUGGACUCACUGCUUAUCAUUGUCUCUUAUGUGCUGAUUCUUUACACGGUGCUGGGCAUUGCUUCUGGGGAGGGACGGCGGAAGGCCCUCAACACGUGUGUGUCACAUAUCUGCGCAGUGCCCAUGAUUGGUGUGUCUGUGAUGCAUCGUGCUGCCAAGCAUGCCUCACCCCUGGUCCACACACUCAUGUCUAGCCUCUACCUCUUUGUGCCUCCUGUGCUCAACCCCAUCAUCUACAGUGUCAAGACCAAGCCAAUCCGACAGGGGAUUUUCACCUUGUUCUCCUGCAAGAGGAAAUUGCUCUGAAUCCCUCCAAUAGGGCAGAGACUUUGGGUCCAUCUAUAAACUGAUGGUGUUUCUGCUGUGGGCCAGGCUGUACAGCAGACAUUUAGUGGAGGAAUAGGAAUGAGGGAUUCUAAGCAUUAUCACAGGCUUGACCUUGGAUC